AUGGCUGAGGCUUGUAAAGUCUGUUCGUUAACCGAAAGCUAUCCAGAAAAUCGACUUAUUCAAUGUCAUGGCAAUCAAUGUGAUGUCAUCGUUCACCAAGCCUUGAAAUCAACACAUGACGAUCACCAGCCAGUAGCUAGACCAUGCCACUUGGUUAAAGCUAAUCGUGCCUACCAUAUUAUGGGAUUGCUUGCUUUCAUUGAAUCAACACGUUACGAUCAUCAACCAGUAGGGUGCUACGGAGUGGCGCAAGCACCUACAAACGAUUGGUACUGCGAUCGAUGCAAAGCAAAGGAAACGAAUCCUAUAAUAAAAUGUCAACUGUGUCCUUCAGAAGAUGGCGCCUUUAAAAUUUGUAGCAAUGGAGCUUGGGCGCAUGUAAUAUGCGCUCUGUAUAUUCCGGAAGUAACAUUUGGCAAUAACCAAACUAUGGAACCAAUUGAAAUCUCCACAAUUCAGGGUGAUCGAUAUCGCAAGAUUUGCUAUCUUUGCCAAUUAAAGGGACAACUGAGUGGUGCGUUAAUGGGCGCCUGUAUUAAAUGCAGCCAACCAACUUGUUCAUCUUAUUUUCACGUAACUUGCGCUCAAAGUGAGGAUUUAUUAUGGGAAUUAAGCAGCAAAGACCUUAGCAAGUAUUGUGGUUUUUGUCACAAACAUCAUCCGAACCAGUUAAAGAUGAAAAAAGACACCAAGAAAAGAAAACGGAAACCUAGCCAAUCUUCCAAAACGGAAAAUCUCGUUUUGCAUUGGAAUGCAGACAGCGCGGACAAAAAGAGCGCAACAAAUUCUUCGUCUACUGCUAAAGAUACGGAUCUCAAUUCAAAAUGCAAAGAUACACAAGGCAAGAUUAUUUCACUUUUCAAGACAUCGAAGGUUGUGUACGCAUACAUCGGUCAAAAGUUAGCAAAAUACAACGAUAAAAAUGAUCCAAAAAAGAAGAAAGAAAAGGUAUCCAAUAAAAGUUAUAAAUCAAAGAAAGGCUCUCUUAAUGAAGAAACUCAAUCUGUCCAGAAGAACUUUACCAACGAGAAUGCAGACACACGAAUCAAGAAACAUCAUCGAAAUCAACAACAGCUUACAGCCCAAAACGAUCUAGAUUUAAUUGCCUCCAGUCUUGUUAAUGCUGCGCUGGUAAUGCCAACUACGUCAGCUACUAGUCUUGAUGGCAAUCUAUCCCAAUCGAGCGGUAGCAAUUUUUACCCUACUCAGAAUAACAUAUCGAGUUUGCAGGACAUUUUAAUUGCUAGCUUGAAAAAUAGCUUAGCAUUCAUUGACCAAACAGCACAAAAUCACGACAUUUCCAGUUAUAUACGCGAUAUAGCCAAGCUUAGAGUUAAAACACGACAAUUAACAGAGCAAAAGCAUCAAUUAGAGUUACGUCGGGCUGAAUUAUUACUGCAAAAUCGUGACCUGGAAUCAGCCUUACAAGAGAUCAGAAAGUCUAGACUCUGCGAGCAAAGUGUUCAUAUGCAAAAUUCCAAUAAUGAUGAAACAUCUCAUAGAGGUGAUGAAAAUGUUAUUCCGGAAAUAAGUAAUGAUUUACGCAACAAUGAUAGUUCAAUCAAUACUAUUGCGAAAACGAGUGAUGAUUUCUAUAAUAAUGAUACUUCAAGUAUGCCUUCCUUAAUAAACCCAAAUAAUGAUCUCAGAUUAAAUAACCAACAUCCAUCUAUAAAUUACAAUUUGAGCAAGCCUGACGUUGAUUCGAAUGUUAUGGAGCUUUCUAAUAAUCCUAUCAACAUGGAACACGUGGAUACGCAAGAUAACGCUGAAGCAUUAGUAGAUUCUUCCGAAUGCUGCUCUAAGCAAGCUUCUGUUAAUUCAACAGAAGAUACGACUGAAUCAAUACAACGUAGUAAUCCCGACGAUCACCCGACUGAAAAAAACCUAAAUUUGCAAGGAACAUUAGGAACUAAUGUGUGCCAUAGUCAUGAAUUAUUCACACACCAGCUGCAAGCUGCAAAUUCGGAGUCUCCUAAUAAAUUAACUAACAAUAAUUCGCAAAUUCUCAACGGAAGCCCAACGUACAACCAAAAUGGUCAGCAAUUACUUCCUAAUUUCAAUUCCUCUAACAAUCAUCAGCAGCAAAUUCAUCAAAUUGCUCAACAAACCAACCAAACGUUGGCUGCUCCAUCAUUUACAAAUAUCCUUUAUCCUAACCAUAAUUUUGGUGUCAGUCCCAAUAUAUUUUCAUUACAUAAUUCUCCAUCAUAUACAUAUCCCACCGCAAAUCAGCAUUAUCAUCACCAUCAUCAUCAUGACGAUCGUCUACUACAUCAAUUUGAGCAUACUUCUAAUGUAAAGCCUGUAAGCUUUAGUCAAUAA